AUGGCUCCCGUACCGAAGUUCGUGGCGACGUUCCUCUACGCGUUCGGCAUCUGGACGCCGGACUCAUGGAAGCCUAGUAUUCAGCCUCAGCAGCCUUUGUUGGAGGAUGCUGUCCCUAUAACGUCUCCGGGUAGUAAGCUAUUCGAUGGGGCAGGUCACGGUCCGAUCUUUCAGCCACCCAACAGCCCUGAGAUCGACGAGUUCAUAUGUGAUUAUACUGCAAUGAAGGGUUAUCUCCCCUGCUCUGCUCACAGUGACCGCGGCUGUUGGCUCCGGAACCCGUUGACACGGUCGGAGUUCACCAUUAAUACGGACUACGAGCAAACAGCGCCUAUCGGCGUUGUCCGCUCUUAUCAUCUAUAUGCUAGCGAGAUGAACCUGACACUGGACGGCGUGCUUAACACGGACGGGCAGGUCUUCAACAGAUCAUAUCCCGGGCCUGCGAUUCGCGCAUGCUGGGGAGACACAAUCGAAGUGACUGUGCAUAACAACUUGAAGAACAAUGGCACGACUGCACGGUAUCAGGCAGCUCGGUACAUCUCCAAUGGUGAGCUCAACAGACUGUACAUCAUCAGAUCAGGCUUCGCCCAUCCUUAUCCAUCGUACCACCAGGACGGCGUCAACGCUAUCACACAGUGUGCCAUUGCACCAGGCCAACAGCUUACGUACCGCUUUCAUGCCAUUCAGUAUGGCACGUCAUGGUACCACUCGCAUUAUUCGCUGCAGUAUGCAAAUGGCCUACUCGGCCCGCUCAUCAUUUACGGCCCGAUGUCAGCGAACUACGACACAGCCAAAGAUCCUUUACUCAUCUCAGAUUGGCGCCACAUGGGCGCCUUCCGCGCCUGGGAGCUUGGGUUUCCCAACCAGACGUCUCAAUCCAUCACCAUCGACGGGGUUGGCACGUACAAUGGUCCAGGAAAAUAUACCACCUUCUUUCAGAAAGGUAUUCGCUACUUGUUUCGGCUGAUCAACACCUCGGUUGACACAACCUUCAUCUUCUCUAUCGACGGUCAUUGGUUGCAGGUCAUUGAAGCCGACUUUGUGCCCAUAAAGCCAUACGGUAACUCCAGCGUUUUGAUCGGCAUCGGUCAACGAUACAACAUCAUCGUGUCGGCACUACCAAAUGUCACUAGCCCAGAUGGCAACUACUGGAUCCGUACAGUUUCCGCGAGUGGCGGCUGCGCACGGUUCGACAACCCUCAACCAGACAACCGCACCGGCAUCGUCCGCUAUAACCCUUUCAGCAAAUCUCUGCCCUCCACGUCGAUGUGGGAGUUCGCGACUUUGUGUUCGGACGAGACUUAUAGUAGUCUUGAACCCGUCGUACCGUGGGAGGUCCACUGGAACGGUACAUCUUUCAACCAUGUCUUUGUGGCGGAUCGAUCCAGUAACACUUGGCCUCCGUACUGGCCGAACGCUUCUGUACCCAGGUUUGAGCUAGCUGAUAUGCCCAUGUGGCUGAACUACACUUCCCCAACGCUGCUUAACUUGAAUGCAGACUUCAGUCAGCAAAAGUGGCUUGCGGUUGUUGAGACGGACAACGAUCUUGAUGCCUGGGUCGUGCUGCUCAUCACAGAGCAGACCAACCAAACAGCUGUAGGCAAGCAACCGCUACCGCUCGCUCAUCCGAUCCACCUGCACGGGCAUGACUUCGCACUCCUCGUGCAGUCAAGCACCCCAUACACUACCAUUGAGGAGGUCCGCGAGCGCAUGCAGCUGCACAACCCACCUCGACGCGAUGUUGCUCUGCUACCGCUCAAUGGCUACCUUGUCAUUGCGUUCAAGGCGGAUAACCCUGCUGCAUGGAUUAUGCACUGCCAUAUCGCAUGGCACGCUUCGUCCGGCCUGGCCGCGCAGAUCUUAGAGAACCCUAAACGAAUCACGAUUGACAAGCCUGUGCUCGCUGAGAUGCAAGAGACAUGUCGUACUUGGACCGACUGGUGGGAGGCCCACGGUGGUUCGAAGAACGGAUGGCAAGAUGACUCCGGCAUCUAG